UCAUUCGAUCCCUCGGCUCAAAUCAGUCUGUUGCUAGUUUUCCAUCUUUUAAAAAGUGUGGUUAAAAUGUCUCUCUUUCUCAUACUAGAGUCACUCUUAUUUGCAUGCUUUCUCUUCAGCAACUGUGAUGGUAGUGGUGACUAUGUUGUGAAUGCCACUGUAGUACGCAGUGAUCCCGGAGCUGUUUGUUUGACUGGAAAGCCAGCAUCCUACUACUUUGACCAUGGCUACGGAAGCGGAGUGCAAAAUUGGCUAGUCUAUCUUCCGGGAGGAGCAUGGUGCAACAAUCUUGAGUAUUGUUUGUCAUAUGCUACUAGUAGACAUAUCACCUUAGAUGCACCUCCAUACUCAUUUGUUGACAUAUUGAGCAACAAGAAAAAGGACAACCCAGAUUUCUUCAACUGGAAUAGGGUUGUGAUUCGGUAUUGUGAUGGCUCAUCAUUCACAUCAGAUUCAGAGAAAAUCUAUGAAUACAAGGGCACCCCCCUCUAUUUCAGAGGAGCACGGAUUUACAAGGCAGUUAUGCAAGAGGUGCUUCACAAGUUGGGGAUGAAAAUGGCGGAAAACGCUCUCCUAGUCGGUGGCUCGGCUGGAGGAGUUGCGGUUUCACUUCAUUGUGACGGAUUCCGCGAUCUCUUACCCAAGGCUACGAGAGUAAAAUGCUUUUCGGAUGCGGGAUAUUUCUUUCCUUCGAAAAAGUUCGCCUAUGCAGGAGAAGUUUUUACACCAACCUUCCAAAAACUUAUGGCAUUUGGAUCAAUUAAGGCGUUGCCGGAAGCAUGCACGUCAAGAUUAAGUCCACAUUUGUGCUUCUUUGCUCAAAAUGUGCAGGAACAUAUCAAAACGCCCAUCUUCUUCUUAAUGUCUGCUUUCGAUACAGUUCAGGUAACAUGGACCUUUCCAGGAAAUGAUACUAUAAGAAACUGUCUCGAUGCACAGAACUGUCCUAAUGAUAUUAUCAAAACCUUGCAAGACCUCAGGUCAGAAUUUCUGAGCGUAUUGCCUAAGCCAAGCCGUGCCUUAUCAAGAGGACUACUGAUUACAUCCCCUACAACACAUGAGCAACAAUCAAAUUAUAGAUAGAAUAAUGACAUGGUUGUAGAGGGGAGUAAUGAGACAAUUUCAAAAUUAUUUGGAGAUUGGUAUUUUGAUCGAAAAAGUGUUCAUGUAGUCGAUAAAUACCUUUGUCCAUAUAAUUGUUCCCUAAGCUUGGGUCCAAACAGCAAUCGAGCGUAUGAUAAGGCGCCACCUAGCUUCAACUGCGUAUGGGUUGUGAUUAUACUAUUGCUCAUUUCACUAGUUAUCGAGUUAGUAUAGUAAUAGAAAAAUUCUACUUGUAAUAGAAACAUUAUACAUGGAUAUUUGGCACACACUUAUGGGUAAUUAUUGUCCGUGCGCACAGAGAAUGUGCACACAGGCAACUCAUGCAUCAAUUGUUCGUGUGCAUAGAAAAUAACGUACAAAUGUGUGACAAAUGUGUAUAAAUUUUGUGUACACAUUACUGAUGGUGUGAAUUUCCUAUCAUGUAUGUUUGUAUUUUUAACUAGUUUUUAUUAGUUCUAGUUGUGGAAAUUACACAUUUUUGAUGUAAUACUUUGUUUUAAUAAUUAUUUGUAGUUUGUUUAGAUUAGGACUAUUCUGAGCUAAACAGGUCAAAGCUCAUCCAAGGGAUCAAGAUUGGACCUCAAAAGAUCAAGGAAAGUGCAAGGAGACAAGAAAGAUUUCGAUUUGGAAAAAUUACUCUUAUACCCGGUCGGGUAUAGGCAAUACGCGAUCGGGUAUUUGCUUGAUUCAGUUGUCCAAAUCAAAUCCGGGAACAAAGGAUCGUGGGAGCAAAUUUUCGUAAAGAUUUGUCACAUACCCGAUCGGGUAAACCGACAUACCCGACCGGGUAUGUCCAGAAAUGUGGCUUUCCGGGAAAUUUCCUAAGAUACCCGAUCUGGUAUCCUAUAUACCCGGUCGGGUAUCAGCCCCUGCAGCUCCCAAAAGCCUAUAAAUACACCCCUUUCCUUCACAAUAAAAUCAUCCCUUCUUCCAUACUCUUAAACUCAGUUUAGAAUAGCAUUUCUUUAUAUUUUUCUAGUUAUGUUUAGUCUCCAAAUGAGGAGCUAAACUUCCAUUUUUGGUGUUCCUCUUGAAGCUUCUUGAUUAUUAAGGUUGUG